CCUGUUUUGUUUGCCACUUCAAAGGUGAAAGGAGAUUGAAAGGAGCGCGAGUUACAGGUGGGGUUUUCGACGCGAACGGCGAUUUUACAUUCUUUGUCUCUCAAACCUAUAUCUUCACUUCAACGCGAGUGAACCACCCUGAAGGAACCAACACAAUUUCUGUCUAGUAUUCAAAAUGGAAUCUCUCGCUCCUAUCCCGUUCACUGACGUGCCUAUCGAGCACAAAAGCGGCUCCUACGUCUGCACACGAUAUGGGCUUUUAUUCGAAGGACAUCGCUGCUUCGGCCAACUUGGUAUCUAUCUCUCAGAGACAGCGCCCAUCUAUGACGAUAUCACUAUUCCAGCUGAUGACGAAAUCAACUUCACAGACGAUACUCCCAGCGUUCAGCCAGCACGCGGUGUGGCCGAAAUGCCCAUUUCGUGGUGGAGAGCGCAGUGCGCUUUCCGGGGUCUUGAUACCGCAGGUGAGACCGAAAAUUUGCAGAAUAGAGUGACGGCAUCCAUGGAGAUUCGAAUGCUUGAUGAGUUGAUCUCACUGGAGAAGGACUUGAUGAAGGAUUACUCUAUUGCUCGUGCAGCACAGCGCAAGAGCAAGGCAGUCCGCUUCGAGGGUAACAAAGCGAGCGGUGGCGAAGGGAGACUAGAAGGAGCAGAAGCGCCCACUGGAAGACGUCCGCGUGGUGGACGGCGAGGUGGUGGUCGCAUUCCUUCACGGAAGCAGCAUAAGAAAUCCAAGCCGGGAUUCCAAGAAAUAAUGAAGAGAUUUGGCACAAAGCCUUUAUAGGGGCUUCAUGGAAAUAUCUCGGAUUUUCGAUAUGGAAAAGG